AUGAAUAUAUUACCCAUACAUGUUGCUCUUCUGGUCACCACCGCUCCUCAAUUGGAUAAUAUUAAUAAUCCCAAUUUUCUUAUUAAUCAGGAAAGCAGUAGAAGUAAAAGGGUGAGGACAAGCAUUGAGGUCUCUCUUGACAAUGGACUCCUCGAAGUUUUGCUGUCUAAUGUCGGUGAAGACCUAUUGUCGGAGAUCCUUGCUAGACUCCCGAAUUGUCGAUGCGUUAUCCAGUUGAGCUCUGUUUGUCGGCGUUGGCAUGCGUUGAUCUCUCAACCGCAAUUCAUCCCUAGCUUCAUCCGCCUCCAUCGAGAUCGAGAUCAAUCCUACACCAUUCUUUUCCACAUGAAUUAUACUAGUAAUAUUUAUGAGACCCCAGAGUACUUUCAAUUGGUUUGCACUCUUUUCUCGGAGGAAUCUUUGCUUAUCCACGGCGGAAAGCAUGCAUUAUCAUCGUCUAACUAUCUCGACUUCAUGCCUUCACUCAUGGUCGUAAGAGCAUCGUGCAAUGACUUGUUGCUCGUGUCCCCGGAUAAGCGUUUUUUUGAUGGCCGUUUUCGCCACCACCAUCAGAGGUACUACAUUUGUAACCCGGUGACUAAAAAGUGGUUUCUCGUUCCUAAAGAAACCCCUAUUGGAACAAGGGCAGGAUUUGCAUUAAUAUGCAAUAAGAAUUCUUACAAGGUGGUACUUCUCGAUGUGUUUUCUCUGGCUGACAAAGAAGCAACAGUCAUUGUCGAUAUAUAUAAACAACCAUUGUGGGUGUUUUGCUCCGAGUCGGGGAAAUGGACCAGAUCUUUCUUCUUGCUUCCUGCUCGCCCGACAAGGGACUAUCUCUUUGUCACCAAUGUCGUUUCGUGCAAUGGGAUUCUGUAUUGGAUGGACGGUUCAGUUAACUUAGACCGCAUUGUUUCUUUAGAUUUGGCCAAUAAUCGGUGUGUCGUGAUCUACUUCCCGGACAUUGUGCGUGAAAACACCACCAUUGGCAAUCCCGACUCGAGGGUCUACAUUUGUGCCGUGAGGGAUGAGUUGAGGUUGUUGCACUUUUUGCGAAUAGGGCCGGACACAAAAUGCUUCGUCGUGAGGGUUUGGGAAUUGGACCGUUGGGACGGCCCGUGGUCUUUGGUUGGGGAGAGGGAGUUGAUGUUUUCGGAUGCCGUCAGUGCUGAUGGUGGCCGGGAUACUGUGGUGGCAGCCGUUUUUCAUCCGAAAGAUUGUGAUUCGGUUUUCGUCAUAUGUGGAAAGAGUGUUUACGAGUGUGGGGUUUCGAAGGACACGUGUCGCAAGCUCGGUGAGCUUGGGGAAUUCAUAGGCCACGAGGGUCUCGCGUCCUAUGUUCUCAUGCAUCCAGCUUGGCCCACGCCAAUUCCAUUUGGGGUUUAG